AUGGGGCUCGUUGAGGACCACGGCGGUGACUCACGGGCCCCGGUCGCGUCGAACUCUGUACAAGGCAGCGGGGGCAGCGCAGAUGUUCUGCCCUCUAUCGCAGAUGCAUUGGACGCAGCAGGUUCUGGAUGCUCUGCCGUGAAACCAGGCUUCAGCAAGCGGCCAAGAACACAGGUGGAUGAAGAUGAUUCCUUGCUGGAGAAGUUACUCGAGGAAACUGAGGCUGCAGAUGCCAAGGAAUACGUUCCACUAAAAAAGCGCAAAGCCAUACGCGAACAGCUACUGAAAAAGCAGCUGCAGGCACUCAAUAUACAUUUGGAAACAGAGGAGGGGGCACCUGGCUUCACUGAAUCUGACCAAGAUGAAGAAUCUAAACAGAAAGAAGCGAAGCAGAAGGAAGCAGCCAUAUCAAAGGCCCGUCUCGACUUUAGAAAGACCCUCCUCGCGACAAGCCGCAAGUUGCGGCAGGAAGCAGAAAAGAACAAAAAAGAUGUUGUGCAGGAAAUUGAGGAGGAAGAGCAACGGAUCCUGGAACAGGUUUCGAAAUCACUGGGAGCGCCUUUGCAAGGCGUCAGGGAGCGGGCCAAGGGUAUUGUCUAUUCCAAGCGAAUGGCCACUUCUUGGACAAUGCCUGCCAAAUAUCGUGAGAUGACGGAGGCAGAGGCCAAAGAGGUUCGGGAACGCUUCUUCGUUGACGUGAAUGGAACAGAUGUGCCGCCGCCCUUCCGCAAUUUCAAAGACAUGCGUUUUCCCCAACCGAUUCUGGAUGCGUUGAAAAAGAAGAACAUCACAGCACCCACCCAGAUUCAGAUGCAAGGCAUCCCAGCACUGUUACAGGGACGGGAUUUGAUUGGUAUCGCCUUCACGGGCAGUGGGAAGACUCUCGUAUUCACUCUACCUAUGCUUAUGGGAGCUCUAGAGUCGGAAUUGCGCUCCCCUUACAUUGCUGGAGAGGGUCCUUGGGGGCUGGUUGUUUGCCCUUCGCGGGAGCUAGCGAGCCAGACCACAGAUGUGGUGAACUUCUUUGCGACUGCUCUUCACGAAGGCGGAUACCCUCAACUUCGUUGCCUAUGCAUGAUUGGAGGUGUUAGCACUCAAGAACAGGCUGCCUUCAUACGUAAUGGACUGCAUUGCGUGGUGGCAACUCCUGGAAGACUAACAGAUAUGCUCAACAAGAGGCGAAUGGGGCUUAGCCAGUGUCGGUACCUUGCAUUCGACGAAGCAGACAGAAUGGUGGACAUGGGUUUUGAAGAGGAGGUAAGGAAUGUGCUAGAUUGCUUUGGCCACCAGAGACAGACUCUUUUAUUCUCUGCUACCAUGCCUCGAAAGAUUCAAGAGUUCGCGAAGUCUGCGCUUGUUGACCCUAUAGUCGUCAACGUCGGCAGAGCAGGCGCUGCAAACUUGGAUGUUAUUCAAGAGGUUGAAUAUGUGAAGCAGGAAAAUAAGCUUCCAUAUCUCCUGCAUUGCCUGCAAAAGACAGAGCCUCCGGCCUUGGUAUUUUGCGAGAACAAGAAGGAUGUGGAUGAUAUCCAGGAGUAUCUGCUGUUAAAGGGUGUCGAAGCUGUUGCGAUUCAUGGAGGUCUUGCCCAAGAAGAACGCAGCGAAGCUGUUCGUCUUUUCAAGGAGGGACGAAAGGACGUGCUCGUCGGAACAGAUGUAGCCUCAAAAGGGCUCGACUUUCCAGCGAUCCAGCAUGUAAUUAACUUCGAUAUGCCCAAGGAAAUCGAGAACUACGUACACAGGAUUGGACGCACUGGACGAUGUGGGCGGACGGGUGUGGCAACGACCUUUAUUAAUAAGAAUUCUGAAGAAACGGUUCUCCUGGAUCUUAAGGCGCUUUUGAUCGAGGCAGGCCAGAGAAUCCCUCCAUUCCUUGAUGCUCUAGACAGCAGGGGCUUGAACCUUAAGGAAAUUGGAGGUGUGAGAGGUUGCGCGUAUUGCGGUGGUUUGGGCCAUCGUAUUGGGCAGUGCCCCAAGCUGGAGAGCCAGAAACGACAAACUCAGGGCUCAACGGGUAAGGACUAUUUGACGUCAGGAUCGCGUUAUGGCGGUACUGGGAAGUACGGUGGGGAGUGGUGA